UAACUUGGAGAGCUAGCUAAUUAGCCGGCUAAGCUACAGUUAAUUCAGCCGGCUUGACGUUAUCUGCAAGCUGAUUUACCUAGGCAGCAUGUCUCUGUUCAAGGCUCGUGAUUGGUGGUCAGCAGCGCUCGGCGAAGGGGAGGAGUUUGACGUGGGAUGCCUAUGUGUUGGCGACGUGGAUAACAGUGGUACUGGACAUGACAAGGUCGUGGUGGGCAGCUACAUGGGGAUGCUCCGGAUCUUUUCCCCACACGGCAAUAAAUCCAGCGAAGGAGGUUCAGCCGAUGCUCAGCUGCUAGAAAUCCAGCUUCAAAAUGCAAUCAUCCAGGUCGAAGUGGGCAAGUUUGUCUCGUGUUCAGAGCUUCUUCACCUGGCUGUUCUUCAUCCCAGGAAGCUGUCAGUCUACUCUGUUUCAGGGACUGCAGGGAACGUGGAGCACGGUGACCAGUACCAGCUUAAGUUGGUUUACGAGCAUAACCUCCAAAGAACGGCCUGCAACAUGACGUAUGGAACCUUUGGAGGAGUCACAGGUCACCAUUCCCUGUGUAUCCAAUCUAUGGAUGGGAUGCUGAUGUUCUUCGAGCAGGACAGCUAUUCCUUUGGCAGGUUCCUUCCUGGUUUUCUGCUGCCCGGCCCGCUGAUGUACAACCCCAGAACUGACAGCUUCCUCACUGUGUCCUCUGCACGCCAGCUGGAGAGCUACAAGUAUGAAACUCUGGCUGUAGCUACUGAAGCAGAGAGUCGACAGGAUCCCGACUUACCCCUCAAGACAGGAGGCAAGAGGCUGGCGCCUGACUGGACCUUUGUCCUGGGAGAACAGGCCCUGGACCUCUCUGUACCCUCCUUCUCCCACUCCUCCUCAUCCAUCUUCAUACUGGGUGAGAGGAACCUCUACUGUCUCCGUGACAACGGGCAGAUUCGCUUCAUGAAGAAGCUGGAGUUCAACCCCAGCUGCUUCCUGCCCUACGCCUCAGUGACAGAUGGCACCACAAACCUGUUGCUAGGUAACCACACCAACAUGCUGCUGGUUUACCAGGAUGUGACUUUGAAGUGGGCAGCCCAGCUCUCCUUUGUGCCUGUGGCUGUUCGUGUUGCCAACUUCCCGGAGCUGAAGGGAGUCGUGAUCAGUCUGAGUACAGAUGGUCAUCUCCUGUGCUCGUACAUGGGCACAGACCCUUCGUUCUUUUCAACUCCGAAGGUGGACGCCAGGGAGGCCGACUACGAGCAGGUGGACGCUGAGAUGAAGAAACUGCAGAAGUUUAUCAGAGAGGCCACCAGGACCCAGGACAUCCUGCCCAAAACUGACGCUGAGGAGGACCUGUCUGUUACAACUGCUGUGUCCUCCAGCAUAGACAGUCCAUCGCAAGCUCUGAUCCAAGACAUCGAUGGUCUGCCUGUCCCCUCAGUGACCAUACAGGUGACGGUGAAGGCCAGUAGUGUUGUACAGUCCUCUAAGCUGACCAUCGGUGUCCAGCCUCCUCUCGCCGUCACUCAGGACCAGUUCGUCCUUGAACCCAUGG